UUUUGCACAGUGGAAGUGUCUGUGUCCUGACUCGGUGCUACAUUCUAGUCAUGAGAUUUCUGUAGGACGCGAGCACCUCUUCCCUCCCUCUCCUCUGGUCCUACACAUGGAGGCAAGCUGUGUGAGCCAGCAGCAUGGGCUCAAGACUCAAGCAAAAUCCUGAGCGGACUUUUUACUGGUUCUUUGAAGCUACUUGCCCAGUGGCCAGAGACAGAGAUCCAGGUGUGCAGUUUAUGUUCCCAGAAGACUUCACAGAUGAGGAGUCUUGCCAAACAUUACCACGGUUUUGUUUCCCGUACGAUAUACAAAGAGCCCGGGAUGGUGUGGCAGUCCAGCACUUCACCUUCGCGCUCACGGACCUCGAAGGGUGUCAGCGCUUUGGAUUUUGUCGACUUGCAAACACCUCACAGACCUGCCUCUGCAUACUCAGUUAUCUUCCCUGGUUUGAAGUCUUUUACAAACUCCUUAACAACCUGUCAGAUUACUUCUCCAAAGGACAAAUCAACGAGGCGAGGGCUCUGCUGGGUGAGCUCUACAAGCAGCCUGUCUCACUGGUGCCUGGAUCAGUCACUCUCAGCAUGGUGUUGGUCAGUGAGGUGUCCCACAGUGUGGGGCACCCAGAGGCUCCUGAGGGGGUUCCUUACUUCAUUGCUCCAGACCCCAGAAGUCUUCCCUCUAUACCUGAGAGCAGGAACUUGACUGAGCUCAUUGUAGCUGUUGAUGUUGGGAAUCUUCUGCAGCUCUAUGCCAACAUGCUGUUUGAGAGACGUAUCCUGAUCUUUGCCAGCAAACUCAGCACACUGACAUCUUGCGUACAUGCUUUGAGCGCUGUGCUCUAUCCUAUGUACUGGCAACAUAUCUUCAUCCCUGUUCUUCCCCCACACUUGCUGGAUUACUGCUGUGCCCCAAUGCCAUACCUUAUAGGGGUCCAUACCAGUCUGUCAGAGAAAGUGAAGGGUCGUGGCUUGGAAGAAGUCGUUAUUCUGAAUGUGGAUACAAACACAUUGGAAACUCCCUUUGAUGACUUUAAGAGGAUACCCCAUGAUGUGAUGUCCCAGCUGAAGACGACUCUGAAGAGGCAGGCUGUGUCUCCGGGUUGUGGGGUCUCCAGGGCCUUUUUAAGGGCUCAGGCGCUGCUGUUUGGAGGAUACAGAGAGGCACUAUGCACACAGGAUGGUGAAUUGACUUUUAACAAAGAGCUUUUUCUGGAUCACAAGUCCAACAAUAUGAGGCAGUUCCUUCAAGGUGCAGCACAUUUGCAGUUCUUCAAACAGUUCAUUGACAGCCGCUUGGAAAUUCUAAACAAAGGGCAGGAGCCUGAUGACCUUUUUGAGGAAGAGAUUGAAAACUGUGAAGCAUCUCCAGGGAAAUCCAGGUCUUAUCAGCAGUUAGUUGGAAAUAUAAGGAAGGGAGGGGGAGCACUGAUUCUCAAUGUGAAGUCAAACAUGAAGGCCAAAGGUCUCACCAGAUCUGGACUGAAAAAUUUGUUGAUCCAUAAGAGCCACAGUGAAGUGGCCAGUCUGCAGAGGGGAGGAUCUGUGUCCCACCGCCGCACCCCGUCUGAUGGCCCUCAGGCCCGACUGGCAGCCACUCAACAUUUUGGAAAAUCACGUCCAAAUCGACCCAUUCACAAGUAUAGGGUUCUUAGAGAUGAAGAAAACAUAGACGAUACCCAUGGAACUUGGGAAAGGGUUGAGUUAAAACAUGACGACGAAGAAGAGGAGGACGAACUGCUGUGCGACCCAGAGGAGAUGGACCUUCUUGGGGAGAUCUUUGACACUCUCAGCUCCAGGACCUGCCAUGAACGUGGGAUGCUCUACGGCACCCGCAGCCUUGACCUGUUUGGGCCUGACAGCCAUGAUUUCAUCACUAAGCGCAGCCUUGUCAACCCAAGCCAGGAGAGCCUUUGCAUUAGUGUCACUGGCAGUCUGCACAGCUGGCACCUGGAGACCGCAGAGGAGCUGUCAGACUUUACGCAGGAAAGUGAUCAAUUCAAUCUGGAAAAAUCUAAAAUGGAGGAGGAAGAGGAGGAGACAUCAACGAGUGCACAUGAGGACCUUCACAACAGCCUACAAGACGAGGCAAAACAAGUAGAUAACAACAACGAUGACAAUUUAGCUCAGAAAAUGAAGGUAAAUGGAGCAGAUGUUGACAAAGAUUGUGAGGCAAAAAAAUAUGAAAAUAUGCAUGUGGCAGAAAAAGACUUGAGCGACGGCAAAGAACAACUGAUACAAACUAAAGAAAACCAAACUAUUGAAAAUGAUCAGGAGUUUGAACAAAACCAGAAAACUGACAAAUGUGUGGACCACCAAGAGUCCAGCCUGUCCCAUGAAGGUGUCAUUGAGGGCCCCAAACAAAUCGAACCAAAAACCCACCCGAUCCAGACUACCCCCCCUCCACCCAAAGUGCUCUCUGCAGCAGCCAGGUUCCAGUGUCACUCCCGUGUCCAAGGACCGGAUUUAAAGUCUAGGAUGAAAACUUUAGUAGAAACUGGUGGACAUUUACCUUGGAGGGAAAGUCAGUCAGACACAGAGGAGGAAAAGGAUCUGCCACCCGUUAGGGUGUCUGAACUUAAGAAAAGGUUUGAAACUUAAUGACAUUUGUUUAGAAGAUUUUUUUUCAGCCCAGCUCAGCUUUAUUGGACAGGACAGAUUUUAAGUGUGAAACGGGGGUGAAGAGUUGGGAA